GAGACUCCCCCCAAGCAGCUGUUGCUGUGGUAACCAAGCUAAACAGCCGCAUCUCCUGACUUUGAGUUUUUCUAUCUUAAAACGCACACAGGGCACGAAAACACAGAGAUCUAAGCUUAUUUUAAAGUGAAAAGUUAAAUCUAUAAUGGAGCUCGACUACUACGAGGCGCUGGAAGUAAAAAGAAACGCCACGAACGCAGAAAUCAAACAGGCAUAUCGACGUCUUGCACUGAAGUUUCAUCCGAGCAACAGAGAAACUGGAAACGAUGAAAGGUUCAAUGAGCUGGGAGAGGCCUACGAUGUACUGAGCGACCCUCGAAAAAAGGCAACCUAUGACAAGUUUGGUGUCGAGGGUCUGAAAGGUGGGAUCCCACCUGAGCAUGGCAGCAGUGGGGCUUGGUCUUCUAAAUACAUCUACCAUGGAAACCCGGACAAAACGUUCAAGCAGUUUUUCGGAGGUGACAACCCAUUUGCGGACUUUGAUACAAAUGAUGCACCUCUGCUGUUCGGUGGCCUGACACCAGGAGUGGUGAAGACACAAGACUCUGCCAUAGAGAGGGACCUUCCCUUGUCCCUGGAUGAUCUCUUCCACGGAUGCACAAAAAAGAUUAAGAUAUCUCGCAGGGUGAUGAAUGAUGACGGACACACGUCCAGUAUCAGAGACAAGAUCCUGACUAUAGAUGUGAAGCCUGGAUGGAACGAAGGCACAAGAAUAGUUUUCCCCAAAGAAGGAGAUCAGGGACCAAACCGCAUCCCUGCAGAUAUUGUGUUCAUCGUGCGCCACAAGAGUCAUCCUCUGUUUGUUCGACAACUCAGUGACCUCAUCUACAAAGUCCAGAUCUCUCUGGAGAUGGCGUUGACUGGCUUCUCUGUGGAGGUGGAGACACUAGAUGGCAGGCUACUCAGAAUUCCCAUCAAUGACAUUGUGCACCCUGCGUACCAAAAAGUGGUGACUGGAGAGGGAAUGCCGCUGUCCCAGGAUCCUUCCCAGAGAGGAAACCUCAUCAUUACAUUUGACAUCCAGUUUCCAGAGAAGCUCUCGGCUGAGAGGAAGAGUCUGAUCAAACAAGCCCUCACUUUUAAAUGUUGAUUACACGUUGCUAACCUAUGUCUAAUGAUUACAUUUCUGUCAUUAGAAAGAGGGGGUAUCAAUACAAUUUGCAUAGAUAUGCAACAGAAAGUAAAGAAAUUUGUAAACAA